UUUGCCGGUUAUUUUACUGACAAGAUAACGAAGAUAAAAAAUUCACUAUUACAUAGGUAGUAAGUUAGUAAGACAUUCUUAUAAGAAUCCAGUUAGAAUACAUUGUAUUUUGAAAUAUAUUUCGAAAAUGGCGGCAGAAGUUCCCAAAGUCAAAUUUCAUAAUGGACUUGAGUGUCCUAUUCUCGGAAUAGGAACAUGGAAGUCAAAGCCCGGAGAAGUGACCCAAGCUGUGAAAGAUGCUAUAGACAUUGGGUACCGUCAUAUUGAUUGUGCAUUCGUAUAUGGCAAUGAGAAAGAAGUGGGGGAGGCUAUCACUGCUAAGAUUAAGGAGGGAGUUGUGAAAAGAGAGGAUUUAUUCAUCACCUCCAAAUUGUGGAACACUUUCCAUCGGCCUGACCUAGUCCGUGGUGCGUUGCUGAAGACAUUGGAAUAUCUGAAUGUGGAUUAUUUGGAUCUGUACCUGAUACAUUGGCCGCAAGCUUACAAGGAAGGCGGAGAAUUAUUCCCAACGGAUGAAUCAGGUAAGAUCCAAUUCUCUGAUGUGGAUUAUCUGGACACUUGGAAGGCUCUAGAACCAUUGCAGAAGGAAGGUCUGGUCAAGAGUCUUGGAGUUUCGAACUUUAACUCCAAACAAUUAGCAAGAUUGCUUCAGAGUGCUACUGUUAAACCUGUGACUAACCAGGUGGAAUGUCACCCCUACUUGAACCAAUCUCGUCUCAAAUCAUUCUGUGCACAACACGACAUUGUGAUAACGGCAUACUCCCCGCUGGGCUCCCCGGACAGACCCUGGGCCAAGCCCGGAGACCCUCAGCUACUGGAGGAUGAGAAGUUGAAGGCUAUCGCUGAUAGAUUGGGGAAGACUGUCGCUCAAGUCUUGAUCAGAUAUCAAAUAGAUCGAGGCAACAUUGUAAUUCCUAAAUCAGUGACAAAGUCUAGAAUCGCGAGCAACUUUGAAGUGUUUGACUUCAAACUGUCUAAAGAAGACUUGGAUCUUAUCAACAGCUUUGAUUGUAAUGGACGUCUCGUGCCUAUGACUGCAUCUCUCGGUCACAAGUAUCAUCCUUUCGAAAACGAUGAAUUUUAAUACAUUUAAUGUUUUAAUUUUUAUUAUUAAGUGUGAA